AUCAAAAACAUAUUCGAGUAUAUUUACCUAAUUCUCUCUCUCUCUCACUCUCACCUUUAACUCCACGGCGCAGAUCCGAGGAGUUUGGGAAAGCCUAAUUCACUUCUUCUUCAACCUUUCUCUCGCGCUUUGCCCCUCUCUACGAACAGGAAUACCUAACUCAAUUUCUCCCUGAAUUUCAUACUUUUUCAUCAAUCGAGUUUUUGUGCUUUGAAUCUGAGGUUGAUCUGAUCGUAGAAGUUCUGAUCUAUGAAAUCAAUUUAUUAUUUGUUUAUGAUUUGUUGAAAGCUAAGUUCGAAUUUGAGAUUUGAAUCAUCGUUUUACUGUGUGUCGUUACAUAUUCUCGUGGAGGAUUUGUUUAUUUGAUUGAUGCUGUUUUGUGCUUCUAUUUAUUUUUGAAAUCGAGAGUAAUGUUUCAAAUUUUUGUUUUUUUACUCUGAUUGAUUGAUGUAUUGUUUAUGAGCGUUCUGUUAUUUUUUAAUACUAACAAAUUAAAAACCUUAAUUUUGUUUUUCUCGUAUUGGGAUUUGGAUUGUGAUUUGUUAUAAUUUUGUUGGAUAUGUCUUGAAUUUUACCUUAACUGUGUUCUUUGAUAUGCAGUAUGGCAGGUUUGGCUCCGGAAGGUUCGCAAUUUGAUGCUAAGCAGUAUGACACUAAGAUGAAUGAAUUGCUUUCUACUGAUGGACAAGAACUCAUCACCACUUAUGAUGAAGUCUAUGAUACUUUUGAUGCUAUGGGAUUGCAAGAAAAUCUCCUCAGAGGCACAGGCUUAAAAUCUGAGUUAAACCAGAAAGCCCACGUACUAGAAACAAAGCCCAGCUCUCAGAUCUUGACCAAGUCUCGUUAUGCUCCUACAAUCCAGCAAGAGAAUGUCUUGCCAAGUCACUAUAAAAGAGAUUCAGUUAUCGAUUUCCAAGCUCUCUCUUCCUUCCGUCAAUUUUCAUAACUUCUGUUUCUUGCAAGUUACAGUUUUUCUGCUA